ACUACGGUCACACUUCAUCACAAGUUGUUCCCACGGUCCGAGUUUUUUGAUUUUUCCAAUGCAGUAGAAAACAAAGAAAAUGCAAAAAAGCUGAAAGUGUAAAGGAAAAGCCGCCAAACUGAUUGCCAACUAGCUGAGCACAGUUAGCUAAGGCGUUUUUCCGUCCGGGGAAAACGAGGAAAUCGUUGAUUUCGGGGCGGCGUCCCCCCGCAGAGCGAGACAGAAAGAGAGGGAGGAGGAGCAGGAGAAAAGGAGGUGGAGGAGCCAAAGUUGCAGGAUAAGGAUAUAUCAGCAUAAUGACCACCCAGCGAACGCAAACGCAGGCCAGGAAUCCCAGCAGUUCCGAAUCCGACUAUGAGACACUCAUGCAGCGCCUCCACAUCGGAGGAGGAGCAGGAGGCGGGGGAGGCCUCGGCGACGGGGGCGUGGCCAUGAGGAGCUACCAACGGUCACCGGGCGCCAUCGAGAACUUCCUGCAAGAGAGCCAACAACAACAUCAGAUGCAGCACCUCCAUCACCAUCAGGAUUACAAGCUGUACGAACGCGGCAACAUCAUAGCCGCCUCCAAAUAUGCCACGCCCCGUCCCGUGGAGCAACUUCAGCAUAGCCACAAUGGCAGUGCUCACAUCUAUGCACCCACCGCCCAGAUUUUGGGUCAACGCAUUGCCCCGCAAAAACAUUCGCCGGUGUACGAAAACCUUGAGUUCUACGGCCAAUUCGAUUCGAAUCACAAGAGGGCACAACCCCAAAGUCCCGGUAGCAGACAGAGCGCCAUGCUCAACGACUAUCUGCUGAUGCAGCCCAUUGGAGCAGGCCGUUUCGCACAUACGCCGGUGCCAGAGAAUCCGGGAAGUGGCUCGGGAACGGUGAACAGAGGAGCAGGUCGAUCUGUGACCCUGGGACCGACUGCCGAUCUGGAGGAACAUGCAGCGCCCAUCUACGAAAACAUCAUUCCCCAUUCCGGGCAGCGGGCACAGCCGCAGGCCUCGCCGGCCACCGCCACCAUGUACCAGGAGAUGCAGCCCACGUCCAACUCCUCUGGCGGGUCCUCCACCGCCGGCCUGGAUCUCAAUGCACUGCUGGCCUCGCCCAUGCAUCAGCGCAGCAUCAGCAGCAAUACGGCCAGCUCAAGCUCAUUGGGUUCGCCCACCCAAAGGUAUAGGAACCUUUCGCUGCCCAGCCAUCUUAGUCCGGUGCCUACGGCACAAUCGGUGGCUAAACUGCAGCAACACACGCCUAUCAAAUCUCCGGUUGGCGCCAUCAAUGUCUCGGUUAAUCCCAAUUACAUAGAGGACAUCAACAGUUCCGAUUAUGUGUGCAUGACGGCGAAUCUGCACAGGAACUCGGCAGCGGGAUUGGCCACUGGCCGAGCGGCAGCAACGGGAGCCACUGCCCAGCGAACUGUCCAGGAGCCGGCUACGAUAUCGUCCUCAAUGGCCAUGGGAAUGGCCACAGCAGCGGCACCAGCCACAUCCAAUGCACAAAUCACAUCGGCGGCGGCGGCAGCAGCACAGCCACCACAAACAUCAUCAUCCAACGCCUCCCUGAGGGCCACGCCCAUUGCGAUGACAGCUCCUCUGGCGGUGGCCACAUCGCCCACUCCGUCGCAGGGCAGCACAGCCAUUAAUGCUGCCUUGAAACCCAGGAGAGGUCUCACCAAGAAUCUGCUGCCGUACAGCGUCACCCCGCCGCGCCCGGCUGGUCCGACGGAGGCUCAGCGGAAGAUCGAGGAGCUCACCCGCCAGCUGGAGGAGGAGAUCGAGCAGAGCGAGGAGCACGGCGAAUAUUUCGGCAUCUGUCACACCUGCGGGGAGAAGGUGAAGGGUGCCGGUCAGGCCUGCCAGGCGAUGGGUAAUCUUUAUCACACCAACUGCUUCAUCUGCUGCUCCUGCGGACGGGCUCUCAGAGGCAAGGCCUUCUACAAUGUGCACGGAAGGGUCUACUGUGAGGAAGAUUACAUGAAUUCAUUGUUGCAGUAUUCGGGCUUCCAGCAGACGGCGGAAAAGUGCGCCAUCUGCGGCCACUUGAUCAUGGAGAUGAUCUUGCAGGCCAUGGGCAAGUCGUAUCAUCCGGGUUGCUUCCGGUGCUGUGUGUGCAAUGAGUGCUUAGACGGUGUGCCCUUCACCGUGGACGUGGACCACAAGAUUUAUUGUGUCAACGAUUACCACCGAAUGUUUGCGCCCAAGUGCGCCAGCUGCGGCAAGGGCAUCACCCCCGUUGAGGGUACUGACGAAACCGUACGGGUCGUCUCCAUGGACAAGGACUUCCACGUGGACUGCUACAUCUGCGAGGAGUGCGGCAUGCAGCUGACCGACGAGCCGGACAAGCGCUGCUACCCGCUGGACGGGCGCCUGCUCUGCCGCGAGUGCCACCUGCAGCGUCUGGCACUCCAGUCCUCGCCGCAUGCCCGUCACCAGGAGCCCGUCUGCGCCUCGUAUCAGUACAUGGGCUGAGCGGGGACGAUUCGACCACCCACCAUUGACUGAAUGACGCACAGAUCAACGAUCAAACUAUCGCAAUCAACAUAUUCCAAUUACCAAUAUUAUCUAAAACAGACAGAAGUGAAAACAAAUGCAUUUAUACGAAACGAUCGCUAA